CUCCCCGUCUCCUUGCUCGCUCCUUCUUCUUCCUCAAUCGACUCGGAUUCUCUCUUCCCCCUAUACAUACAUAUAUUCUCAAAUUUCUGCCUAGUCUUCGUAUUCUUCACCAUCGAAGUUCCAUCACGUCUUCUGUGGUUUAGGAUUUGAAGAAAUGUUCUAUCUCAGCGAGCUCGAACAUUCACUAAGAGUGCCUCCGCAUCUACUUAACCUCCCACUCGAAGAUGCCAUUAAGUCAGUGCUUCAGAAUGUGUUCUUGGACAAGGUUUUAGUAGAUUUAGGGCUUUGUGUAUCUGUUUACGACAUUAAAUCAAUUGAAGGAGGGAUUGUUUUACCCGGUGAUGGUGCUGCCACUUAUAAGGUAGUUUUUAGAAUUGUUGUCUUUCGUCCAUUUGUUGGUGAGGUCAUCGCUGCAAAGUUCAAAGAAUCUGACACCAAUGGUUUGCGCUUAACACUUGGAUUCUUUGAGGACAUUUAUGUGCCAGUUCCACUUAUACCGACACCUAACCGCUGUGAGCCUGACCCUUAUAACAGGAAGCAAAUGAGAUGGGUGUGGGUAUUUGAAGGACAAGAGUAUAUUAUCGAUGAUUCCUGUCAGAUCAAGUUUCGAGUUGAGGGCAUCAGCUAUCCAUCAGUUCCAAUUGAGCGAGCAGAGGAUGCAAAGCCUUUUGCUCCUAUGGUGAUCACAGGGAAUAUAGAUGAUGACGGUUUAGGUCUUGUUUCUUGGUGGGAUUCUUUUGACGAGCUUGAAUAAGAUGAUGCAAAAGUAGAAUUACAAAAAGAAAUAUUAUGAUGGAUGAUGGAGUUGGGUGAGAAGAAGAUGGAUGUCAGGAGCGUGGUGAUCCUCUGCACG